AAUUUUAUAAUAUAACAACAUUUUAUAUGAAGAUCGUUUUGAUAAUUUUCACAUGAACAGAUAAGAAGGUAUUAGUUUUUUCUUUGAUCUUGUUAUCUAAUAAACAGAACUGAUAGCAUAUACUAAUUGUAUCACUUCAAUUUUACUUUAGAAAUACAAAACUAUAUGUUGUGAAUUUGAAAGCAUUUACUAUAAAGUGGAGGACUAUAAAUAUUGUAGUUGAUUAUUAAUAGUAUUAAUUAGUUAACGGCAAGAAUCAAAUUAUUUAUUCAACUUAUGUUCCAAAGAAUCACAGCCGAGUAAAUGAAGUCAACCAAAUUACUAAGUCGAGAUUCCAAAACAAUAGAAACCGACCAAGCCGUUGGGUUGCUAUAAAUAGAAAGCAUGGUUGCUUGCUUCCUCUGCAAAAACCUACCACUACUCUCUCUCUCUAAUAUCUUUUGUAUUCCUUCUUAUUUCUCACAUCCAUAGCGUUAAUACGGUGUCAUUCAGAUGGAUAAGCAUCUUAGGACCAAGCAAGCCAAGACCAACCCUAUUGUGGCUUCCUCCUUUUCUGAAGAAGUGAGUAGUCUUGAGUGGGAAGCUGUGAACAUGAAUCAAGAAGAAGAAGAUUUGAUCUGUAGAAUGCAUAAGCUUGUCGGCAACAGAUGGGAGUUGAUAGCUGGGAGGAUCCCAGGAAGAACUGCAGAAGAAGUUGAGAGGUUUUGGGUCAUGAAGAAAAAAUGAACCGUCUCUGAAGUUUCACUGAUUAAGUUUUAAUUACCAACUUUGUAAUAGGAUAUUUUCUUACGAGAAUUUACGAUCUUUUAGAUGUGUUUAGGAAGUUCUGUAGCGUCGCUUCUACUGUUCGUUUCGUUUCUCUCAAUAGUUUCGAGAAUUUCUUUAGUUUGUAUGUGUUUGGAUUGUUUGUUUCGGUUUCAUAUCUUUGUUUUGUUUGUUUUAGUAUGAAAGAGUAAAUCAUGUCGGUUUGAA